AUGGAAACCAUCUCCCCACAUGUGAGAGUCUCACUAAUCAAAUCUCUCUCAUCUCUGCUGGGGAUGAAGAAGAUGCCUAUCGACAAGGCUGAGUGGGAAGGGUAUUUUGAUGAGAGUGGCCACCUGGUGAAAUCUCGGGAUUUUAUUUCAUCCAACAUCCUGGACAGGGGUCUGGAUCCAGCAGUGAGAUCAGAGGCAUGGAAGUUUCUUACUGGCUACUACUCCUGGAGGAGCUCGCAUGAUGAGAGGCUGACUGUUGACAGUGUGAGAAGGAAAAGUUACCAGGCCUUGUGCAACAUGUAUGACAAGAUCCAACCAUUACUGGAGACAGAGCACAGGGACUUCAUGCAGGUCCGCAGCGUCAUCAACUCUGACCUGCAGAGACUGUACCUCCGAGAUGCACAAGGCUAUGCCAUAGUGGACAAGAAACAACUGGAGAAGAUCCUUCUGCUAAGUUACGUAUGCAACACGGAUGCUGAGUACCAGCAGGGGUUCCAUGAGAUGCUCCUGCUAUUCCAGUUGCUGGUGGAGAAGGAACAUGAGGUCUACUGGCUGUUUCAAUUCUUCCUCCAGAAAACAGAGCACAGUUGUGUCGUGAACAUUGGGGUUGGGAAAAAUCUGAUAAUGCUGAAAGCUGUGAUUGCAUUUAUGGAUCCCAUCUUUGCAAAGCACUUGGAAGGGAAGAGCAGGGUUGUGCAGUCACUGUUCCCUUGGUUUUGCCUCUUCUUUCAACAAGUCUUCAAAUCCUUUGAUGAUGUCUGGAGACUGUGGGAGGUAUUCUUAAUGGGGAUGCCCUGCAGAAAUUUCCAAGUGAUCGUGGCCUACACUAUGCUGCAGAGUGUCAGAGACCAAAUCCUCCACGAAAAUAUGGAUGGAGAUGACAUUUUAAUGGUCUGCGGGAACAUCAUAGACCUGGAUGCAGAUGAACUGAUCUCCAAAGCCUGCUCCACGUACAAACUGCUCAUGGAACACAAGGACAAGGUCCCAGAUGAGCUGAAGGAGUUCUUCCUUCAGGGAGAUCCAUAGAGACAGAAGGGUUAGCAAUAAAUGUGUUUGUGACCCGGAGUGGA